AUGCAACAAACACUUGCAAAGUAUCAAUACCAAAGUGGAUUUGGAAACACCUUUGAGAGUGAAGCCUUAAAAGGUGCUUUACCAAAGGGUCAAAAUACUCCACAAAACUGUCCAAUGGGCUUGUAUGCCGAACAAUUGUCUGGUAAUGCAUUCACUGUUCCAAGACAUACCCAACAAAGAUCUUGGUUAUAUAGAACAAGACCAUCUGUUUGUCAUACACCACUUGUACCAUAUAGCAAGGAUACAUUAUUGGUAGAUGUGAAUCAUUUAAAUGCCAAUCCAAAUCAACUUAGAUGGAAACCAUUCCCAAUCCCAGAGAGAUCACAUGAUUUUGUUGAUGGUUUGGUAACCAUUUGUGGUUCAGGUCAUCCAUCUGUUAGACAUGGUGUGGUUGUUCACAUUUACACCGCCAACAAGGAUAUGUCUACUGAACGUCGUUCAUUCUACAACAGCGAUGGUGAUUUCCUCAUUGUCCCACAACAAGGUACAUUGGACAUUCAAACAGAGUUUGGUUACAUGGAAGUUCGUUCAGGCGAAAUCUGUGUCAUUCAACGUGGUAUUUGUUUCAGUGUCAAUAUUCCAGAUGGACCAUCCCGUGGUUACAUCCUCGAGAUUUUUGGUUCACAUUUCCGUCUUCCAGACCUCGGCCCAAUCGGUGCCAACGGUCUUGCCAAUCCAAGAGACUUCCUUUCACCAGUUGCUGCUUAUGAUGCCGAACCAACUACACCAAUCAACCCACCACCAACUUUCACAAAGAUCAACAAAUUCCUUGGCAAGUUAUUCUCUGCCACUCAAAACUCUUCUCCUUACAAUGUAGUUGGUUAUCAUGGCAAUUAUGUACCAUACAAGUAUGAUUUGGCUUUAUUCUGUGCUGUCAAUUCUGUUACUUAUGAUCAUCUUGAUCCAUCAAUUUUUACAGUAUUAACAGCACCAACCAAUGAACCAGGUGUAGCAGCAGCCGAUUUUGUUAUAUUCCCACCAAGAUGGUUGGUUCAAGAAAAUACUUUCCGUCCACCAUACUAUCAUCGUAAUUGUAUGAGUGAGUUUAUGGGUUUGAUUCGUGGUGUAUAUGAAGCCAAAAAGGAGGGUUUCCUUCCAGGUGGUGGCAGUCUCCACUCUUGUAUGACUCCUCACGGUCCAGAUACCGAUACUUUUAAUGCUGCCAUCAAGGCUGAACUCAAGCCAGCCAAGAUUCCAGACGUUGCUUUGGCAUUCAUGUUUGAAUCUUCCCUUAUUUUUGGUAUUUCAGAUUAUGCAAACAAGAACUUUAUCGAUGACGACUAUUGGAAGUGUUGGCAGGGAUUACAAGAUAAUUUUAACAAAUCAUCUUAA